AACAGAGAGAGACACAAGCUUUGACUUUCGAACCAUGUUUCUUUGUCCUACCCAAGUAGAUUACCACAUUAGAGCCGGAAUAGAAGAAGCUUCGGGAUUUGAUCAGAGGAAGCCCAAGCCGAGGACAGCAAACAUUAAGAAAAGUGGUCCUUCCCUCCGGGAUAGGUAAAUUGCAGAGAGUCAGCCUCUCAAGCCCUCUGCACAUCUUCCACAUCUACACAAGAGCACAAAGACCCUGACUUUUCUAGAGAGAGAGAGAGAGAGAGAGAGAGAGACUCCCUUUUUUCGUUUGCCAAUUUUCAUUAGAUUUUCCCCGCAAUUUUGAUGGGAAUCUAGAAAUUUUCUUGGAGAGUUUUACCACGAGAAAUCAUGGAUUGGGUACUCCAUGAAUCAUCAUCAUCUUCUUCUUCUUCCUCUCAACGACCCUACUUUCACCUCCAGCAACCACCACCACUAGCUCCCACUUCUUCUCACUCAGAUGACUUGAGCUUGGGCAACAGAGUCAGCCCAAGCAUCCUCCUGAUCAUCAUCAUCCUCGCCAUCAUCUUCUUCGUAUCCGGCCUCCUGCACCUCCUGGUGAGGUUCCUCAUGCGGCCACCGAGUACGCUCAGAGACCCGGAGGACCCGGACGGCGUCACCGCCCUUCAAGGCCAGCUCCAGCAGCUCUUCCACCUCCACGACGCAGGGGUCGACCAGUCGUUCAUCGACACCCUCCCUGUCUUCUUCUACAAAGCCAUCAUCGGGCUCAAGAACCCCUUCGACUGUGCAGUGUGCCUCUGUGAGUUUGAGCCUGAGGACAAGCUGAGACUGCUCCCCAUGUGUAGCCAUGCCUUUCACAUGGAGUGCAUAGACACUUGGCUCUUGUCCCACUCCACUUGCCCUCUGUGCCGAGCCAAUUUGCUGCAUGAUUUCCCUCCCGCCCACAUUGGUUCCCCCAUUGUUCUCGUUCUUGAAUCGGGGAGUGAGAGCUCGAGGGAGCUCGUCGGCCGCACGAAUUCCGGCCUUGGAAGAGCUAAUUCGGCAUUGAGGACCGAUUCCCAUCUGGGUUUUCGUCUAGGGUCUGAAUUGGGCUCGGUCCGCUUUGAAUUGCCGCGGAAAUCGGGCGAAUUCGACUUGAAGGAUGAAGAGAGCCUAUCGGUGGUGGCAGGUUCAGGCGAGCGGGUCGUGCCGGUGAAGCUCGGGAAGUUCAGGAAUGUGGAUGGUGGUGAAGGGAGUAGUAGCAGCAUAAGCAGCAAUGUGGACUCUAGGAGGUGCUUCUCAAUGGGAUCCUUUGCUUAUGUGAUGGAUGAGGCUUCCACAUUGCAAGUGCCGAUCUCGACCCCGAUGAAGAAGCAAUCCAGCAAGAAGCCUCACUUGCCACUCACUCCGGGGCACCGGAUGGCGAUGUCAGAAUGCGGGUCCGAGUCAAGGAGAGAGUUCAUUGGCUUCGAAGCGAUCAAGAAUUUGAAUCCCAAUGGCAAAGUUAAUAAGCCUCGAGAGAGGAAUGAGAAUGAUGGCUCAGGCAUCCGGAAAGAGAGCUUCUCCAUAUCGAAGAUUUGGCUACGAGGGAAGAGGGACAAGGCAAACCACCAAGGGGCAGAGGACUCGUCAAGGCGCGCAGUGUCUUUCCGGUUUCCUGUUAACCGAAAUGUGGCGGUGGGUGGGAGUGAUUCGAAAGACAAAAAAGAAACUGGGGUUGAAAUUGGGAGGUGGGAAAAUGGAGGGAGUGAGUUGGGUCAUGAAGAGGAGAUUCAGAGCUGCAACAGUCUGGAUUCUUUGGCUAACAAUCCACCAUCUUUUACGAGGAGGACUCUGCUUUGGCUCAUGGGAAGACAGAACAAGGUUGUACACUCAUCUUCCUCCCCAGUCGUCUAGUAGUCUUCUUGCAAAUUCCCCAUUCAAAAUUUUCUGAUUUUUAGCUUUUUUCCGCUUUGCUUCACUUUGAUCUCUUCAUUGUGGGAGGCUGAAAAUUUGGAAUUUGUCUCAAAGAGCUAAACAGAAGAAGAAGAAAGUUCCAUUAAAACGAUCUGAAUACAGAAUUUAGAGUUUCACUUCAAAAGAGGGUGUUUCUUUGGCCA